UCUCUCCUUUUACCCUUUUUGUUCCCGCUCCAUCUCCUCCCGAGAUGCUUUUCAGCUCGCUCGCUGCUUCUUCCCGGCGCAAUGCAUCAGCACCAAGUACGCACGGCACCGCACCCAUGUCCAUGUCCAUGUAGUAGGCGAGAGCAGAGGACGGUGAAAGAAAGAUUCCAAUGCAGCAAGCUUCUCUCUCCACAGACCACACCAACACACGCACAGCGCGACGGCCGGGCCCUACAGUCACGCACAGCACACGCCCCCCGACACGCGCACACACACAUGGGGUGGGGGUGGGGGGUGGGGGGAGCCUGGCGAUGGCGCAAGAGGGGAGGGCCGUCCCCUCUCCUUUGACAAAAGGGGCGGCCGCCGCAGGGAGGGAGGGAGGGAUCCAACGAUUUGCCAUGUGCAGCGCCUCGCCUGCGCCUACACCACCACACACCGCAGCUAGGACCCUAUCCAUCAUCCUCUUCCUCCCCUUCUUGCUUCUUCUUGAUUGAUCGCCCACGCCCGGUCCACUCUUCUUCUUGGUCCUGCCCCUGCUCCUAGCCCUACAGCUUAGAUGCGUGCAUAUGUAGCUGCAUUGCCCAAUUGAGGCGCCAAUUUGGAGAAAGAUAUCGCUGCUGCAUUCAUGCGUGCCGGAGCUAGCUAUACCAUUACCACCCACCGGUAUGGGGGUAGGUGAGGACCAGUAUUCGCUUCCGGUUUAGAUUUGGGAGGCCUGCCUCGCUUGACCAUUUGUCAAGUGCAGAGCUGCUGCUGCUUACUCCGACAGUAGGAAGGAAAAGAAAAUCCCCCCUCCACGACUUUGCUGAUUCGAUGUCACGGGCAUCCGGAUGUCAUUGCCGAUCGCCGCCAUAGCCGGCAUUGCCGCCGGUGGCGCCGCUUUGCUCGUCCUGGUGGCCGUGGCGAUCGCGCUUUGGUGCCGGGCGCAUGCGCGGCGUAACCGGACCUCUGAAACCGGCUCCUCGGAUCCUUCCACCCUAGUGGAGUGGGGCAAGGGGGGCCGAAGUUCCUCCGCGCCGGAGCGUCAGGGCGCGAGACAAUUCUCUCUCGAGGAGCUGGCGCAGGCGACCAACAACUUCAGCGAGGCCAACUUGGUUGGCGCCGGGAGCUUUGGCCUGGUGUACAAGGGGUUGCUUUUUGAUGGUUCAGUCGUGGCCAUCAAGAGGCGCAUGGGAGCACCAAGGCUGGAGUUUGCCGACGAGGUUAGGAGGCUUUCAGAGAUUUGUCAUCGGAACAUCGUAACUCUGAUUGGUUAUUGCCAGGAAGGAGGUCUACAAAUGCUAGUGUUUGAGUACUCGCCGAAUGGCAAUGUCUGUAGCCAUCUAUAUGAUUCCGGAAAAGGCUCCAUGACACGGCUUGAGUUCAAACAGAGGCUAGCAAUAGCCAUUGGUGCAGCUAAAGGUCUGAAUCAUCUGCAUAGUCUUAUGCCUCCUUUGAUCCACAAGAACUUCAAGACGAGCAAUGUACUGGUUGAUGAGAAUUUUAUUGCGAAGGUGGCUGAUGCUGGACUUGUUAGGUUAUUUAGAGGUCAUGAAGAUAUUGGUUCAUCACAUGGGUUUAGUAGCAGUGUAUACCAGGAUCCUGAAGCACACUCGGUGGCGCAGUUUUCUGAAAGCAGCGACGUCUACAGCUUUGGAGUGUUUCUUUUGGAGCUAAUUACUGGCAAAGAAGCUGCUAACUUACAACCUCCGGAAUCUAGAGAAUCUCUGGCCCACUGGCUGGAAGCACAUUUCAGUUCAAAUGAACUGAUUGACCCAAGGUUGGGUGGCGGUUUCACGACAGAAGGUAUGAAAGAAUUUGUUGGGCUUGCUUUCCAGUGUCUGAACCCAUCCUCCAGAAGGCGGCCGAAGAUGAGGCUGGUUGCGGCUGAACUAGACCGGAUUCUCGAGACAGAGAUGUCUCUAACAACGAUCAUGGGCGAUGGAACCGCCAUCAUCACCCUUGGGAGCCAACUAUUUACAUCGUAAAGACAGAGAUUGAUUGCAUGUCUGUUAUUUGAUGACAUGAUGAUUGUUUUUGUAGAUUCCAGCACCUGUUGUUUAUGAUAAGUUGUACAGCCUCUGCAUUGUAGCGAAUUGCCAUGUAUGGUUGUUUUUUAAGCUUAUCAUGGUUGUUAUAUUAUGUAAGGUAGGUAAGAAGAAAUAGAUCUGUAUGUAUCUUUCUUUUUCUUCCUCCUAUUUGUCAGUUGGUGAAUUGUAUGUAAUUUUCAGUUUGUGUUGUUGUCCUUAGAUGUUGUAAUCCCUGAAAUCAGUAUCAACUUGAGUUCUUGUGCUAA